CCCGCUGGGGGAGACCAGUGUGAGAGUCCAGGAGCACAGACGACAGACAGACGGACUGACUGACUGACUGACUCCCCGUUUUCCUUGUUCGGGGGGGGGGCAGGUUUGAGUCCCUCGUGGAUCCGACCCGGACCUCGCGAGAAUCAAGUGCUGGCCUGCAGUCAGACGGCAGACGGGACGUUUCUGAUGUGCAAGUGCUACUUUCAUAUAAGCGCAUUUCCUAAUGUAUACCAGCAGCCCGUCCACGGGUCCUACAUAUCCCAGGCCUUCAGGGAAUAUCUUACACUGACAGACUGCAGGAGCUGAGCCUUUAUAGUCGCCAGCGAAGAGAUGACCGGAGACAAGUAUUCCGAAGCCUCGGAGUCGCCAGCAGGCUCAGCUGGCGGAUCUCUUCAGAGCGAACAGUGAAACACGACCCAGAGGGUGCAGGGGGAAAGUGCGUUUAAAACCGAGAACAGGAGGCACUUCUUUACACAAAGCGUUGUGGGAGUGUGACAGUAACCAGCCUCGUUGCUCGUACCCUGGUUCUCCGUCCAGCGCUGACUGGGCGAGAUGCUCGAGUCUGGUCACUACAGGGAGCAGGCAGGCUGGUUGGGUGGGUGCAGUGGGCUCGUGUAACCUGCUUGUUCCUGAAGGGCUCCAGACUUGCGGUCUAGUGCUGCCGGCGCGAGGCAGGAGGCCUGCUGCUGGAACAGCUCUGUUGCCGCAGCCGACGGCUCGCGGCUCACCGCACGGCACGGCUCCGCAGGAGCUGGGAAGUGGUGGGAUAAGCACAGCCACGGUGUGUUUUUCUCCUUUGCAGCUCGCUAGGAGCAGAGGCUGUCGCGUGUCCUCGGACCGCCCGGUGUUUAAUUGUCCAGAUGCUCACCCCAGCAGUCGUGGCCACUGUGGGGAGUCUGGAAGGAGCUCGGGGCCCAACACUGUCACCGCAGCUGAGAAGCAGGACCCGUCUGCGGGUCCCGCAGCUUCGCGUGUCUGGUGCUGUCUGGCGGGGGCGAGGGGCCUGGAGGGGCUGGACAGGCAGCUGAGCCCUGCCGGUGCUCGCUCACGCGCGCGGGGGGGGACGGAGCUCGGGGCCGUGCGCGAGACAGAGGCGGGUGCGCUGUCGGUCUGCUUCGCCUGGGCUGGCGUUAAGCCCCAGCUCUCUCAGCGCAGUGGUAAAGGCAGGAACAAGCUGGUGCUUUGUGGGAAUAGGUUCGCUUUGCUCUCUGCUGGCACCCGUGCCACACCGGGAAGCCAGUGCAGCUCUCGUGCUGUCUCUGUGGUCUGGGCUCGCUGGGCUACAGACUGCGCUGGUGGAGCCCUGCUUUCUCUCCUCCCGAUUCUCACUGCCGCCUUCCGCAGAAUAAGGUUUUAGGUGAGAGCACGCCCCCUCCUUGUUCCAGUGGAUGAAGCUGUCCAACGGCUUGAGCCUGUCACCUCCUCCUCUGGCCAGCAGGGCGCGCUGCCGAAGCAGGGCCCCCGCUCCUCUGCCUCUUCCUCCUCCCGGCCAGGCUGCCACAAUGUCCUCCUCCUCUUCCUCGUCCUCCUCGGAGGAGACCAGCCCCGGGGACACGCCCCGCGGGGGGGGCACCAUCCGUGUCUACCUCCCCAACAAGCAGCGCACUGUGGUGAACGUGCGCCCGGGGCAGACGGUUCAUGACAGUCUGGACAAGGCCCUGAAGGUGCGGGGCCUGACGCAGGAGUGCUGUGCUGUCUUCCGGCUGCUCGAGGGGUGAGUCUCUCACACCGCACACCCGCUCAGCGCUGCCAGCUAGGUGCAGGAGUCCGUGUGAGACGGGGCCGUGGCAAUUCUGUGUCCAGUNCCGCUCACCAUGCACAACUUCGUGCGCAAGACCUUCUUCAAGCUGGCCUACUGCGACUUCUGCCACAAGUUCCUCUUCCACGGCUUCCGCUGCCAGACCUGCGGGUACAAGUUCCACCAGCACUGCAGCAGCAAGGUGCCCACCGUGUGCUUGGACAUGGACACCGUCACCAAGCUCCGGUGUUCUCCAAAUCGUGGCGGAGACGAGUACCCACAGAUCCCCAUCCUGCUGAUGCCUGACGGCCAGAGCGACCCCCCCUUCACACCUGAGCCCUCUGGGCUGAGCCACAUGCUGCUGUCCCCCACCUCCGCCUUCCAGUUCCCCCUGUCCGGGCCGGACGGGCAGUCUCUGCAGAGACACCGGUCCACCUCCACCCCCAACGUCUACAUGGUCAGCAGCGUGGACCCGUCCACAGUCGAGGAUGCGUUAAAAUCAAAUUGCUUGAUGGGACUGGACACCUCGCCCAAGCCCUCCACCAGCCCCCCAUCUCUGGGGUCCCCUGGUAGGAGGCUCCCUCCCCCGAAAUCCCCCUCAGAUCACCCCAAAGAACGCAAGCAGUCCUCCUCCGACGACAAGAAGAAGGUGCACCGGGGGGGCUGCAGGGACUCCAGCUACUACUGGGAGGUGCACUGGCGCGAGGUGACCAUGCAGAAGCGGAUCGGCACCGGCUCCUUCGGGACGGUCUUCAAGGGCAAGUGGCACGGAGACGUGGCCGUCAAGAUCCUGAAGGUCAAGGACCCCACUCCCGAGCAGCUGCAGGCCUUCAAGAACGAGAUGCAGGUCCUCCGGAAGACGCGUCAUGUCAACAUCCUGCUGUUCAUGGGCUUCAUGACCAAGCCCAACUUCGCCAUCAUCACGCAGUGGUGUGAAGGGAGCAGCCUGUACAGGCACCUGCACGUCACCGAGACCAAGUUCGACACCAUGCGCCGCAUCGAUGUGGCGCGGCAGACCGCGCAGGGCAUGGACUAUCUGCAUGCCAAAAACAUAAUCCACCGCGAUCUCAAAUCAAACAAUAUCUUUCUGCACGAAGGCUGGACUGUGAAGAUCGGAGAUUUUGGAUUGGCCACUGUGAAGUCUCGCUGGAGUGGCUCCCAGCAAGUAGAGCAGCCCAGUGGCUCAAUUCUGUGGAUGGCUCCGGAGGUGAUCCGAAUGCAGGAUGUCAAUCCCUACAGCUUCCAGUCGGACGUCUAUGGAUAUGGAGUGGUGCUUUUUGAACUCAUAUCUGGAACAUUGCCUUAUUCCAAUAUCAACAACCGCGACCAGAUUAUCUUCAUGGUGGGACGGGGUUAUCUGUCUCCUGAUCUCAGUAAACUUUACAGUAACUGUCCGAAAGCCAUGAAGAGACUCAUCAUUGACUGCCUGAAGUUUAAACGAGAGGAGAGGCCACUCUUCCCACAGAUCCUGGUGUCGAUCGAACACGUUCAGGACCUGCUGCCGAAAAUCGAGAGGAGCGCCUCGGAGCCCUCUCUCCACCGGGCGGUCCACGCCGAGGACCUCAACCCCAUGCUUCUGCACACCACCCGGCUGCUUCCGCUCUGAGGGCCGUCCUGGGACCGCUGCUCGCCCGGUCAGCUGGAGAGGAAACUCAGAGCCGCCACCUCCGCCCCCCACACGCAGCGCCGGAGGCUGGAGCCGCGGCCCUCCACGCUCCGAUCGGGAGAGCGGAGCGGCGCCUCGGCCCUGUGAUCGGUUCAGGAAUGCCGAGUCGAGUCUUCCUGCUCCUCGCUGGCCCCGACGCUCGCGCGCCGCACUGGAAGACUCGGUUCGUCCAGAAGCAACGCCCUCAGGAUCGGCUGUUUUUCCAUUCCAGUCGAGCACUGUGACAAGGAGGAGAGAGGCUGCCACUGAGACAGUAGAUGACCUGUCCGGUUCCCCCUGCUUCUCUGAGAUCAAACUAAGCCUCGAGGACUUGUGUGGCUGGAUCUGAAGUGCCCUAUGAAAGCUUCAGUGCUGUGGCUCUCCAGCUCUACACCGAGCAGUGUGCGAAGGCCAGCUCACAGAGCAGCUCUGCCCUUCCCUAGGUUGGUCCUUUUGGUCACUACACAGGCGAGGCUGAGCAGAGAGCCUGUCUUGUUCCAGACACCCCAGCCCUCGACUGUUGGGUUGCUCACAGUAAACAUUCCUCAAACUGCCUUUGCCAGGCUGCUGCUCUGUCCGAUUCCCCCAGCGUGCUGGAGCGCUGGGGGGAGGCCGUGUGACUGCCGAGUCGCCUGCAGCUGCAGGGUCAGCUCGUGCCGCUGUGUCCCCGUCGCCCGUCACCUCCUGUCCGCCGUUGUCUUCUCCCACAUCUCUCUUGCUCUCGCUUUGCCUAAUUCCAGAAAUGGCACUGCCAGCUGGAGCUGAAGAGCACAUCCCCAACCCCCCCCAGCUUUGAUUACAGAAUUCCUCGGAGGACAAAGGCCAGUCCUCCCGCCGUUUCAUCCCGGAAGACUCGCCUUCGCUCUCCGUCCGCUGCUGCCGUGCGGGAGCUGCCGCACCGCGUUCCAGCGCCCCCGGACUCGACCCUCGUGCCACUGCUCCAGCCAGGCCGGGCCAGGCCAGGCCAGGCCAGCCCACCGGCCCCCUGUAGCAGGACAGGGCUGGGCACGUUGCAGGCCUGCCACUUCCCUCAUCUGGCAUCCAGGCUUGCUGGAAAGCAGGGCUUUCCCAGGAUCAGCCAGUGGGGCAGCGGAUGAAAAAGACACAGGUCCUUCCCAGUGUGCCGACGUCUGGCUUAGUGGUUCUCUGUACUUUCUUUGGCUCCACUGGUGCAUGUGUGGGACCCAUAUACUUGAGGCAACCUGCUGUCAUGAGCCAUUGCAGGCUGCUGGACUUUUCUCAGCUCCCAGAGAUUCAGUCUGAGGGCAGAGGAAAACUCCUGGCCCAGUGCUGUCCGUCUGGAAACGGCUCAGGCUGGCGGUGCUGGCGCUGGCUUCCUGUCUCUGGCUGUGCUUGGCGGCUGCUCCUCAUGGGGUGGGCUGCUCAGCUGCUUCAUCGGGCUGCUCAGUUACUUCUUGCUCAGCUGCUCUUCUGAAAUCCACGGCACACAGAAAGUGUCUGUCAAUGUUGCAGUAAAGCUUCAGAUCAGUGUGAUUCUGUGUAACACGUUUCUGUAGUGCAUCUUAAGAAGCAGGGAGCCCAGUCAGGUCAUACACACCGUUCUGUACCCUUUUCUAUGAUUCAGAUCAGAUUGGGCACACAAAGCAAAGAGCAUGAGAUCUUGUCUUGUAAGAAGUUCUUUUAGACAUCGGCACCAGAGUGGUGUUCCUGUCCUGUCUCAAGGGACAAAACAGAUCAUGAAAGUUCAAAGUCCUGGAAUCGACGGCUACAGGAAGCCUCCACCUGUAUUGAGCUUCCUGCUUUCCCUUCAGCUCCUGAGUGAUGGACAGGCGUUCCGAGGGUGUCCGACCACGGAGACCUGGUACCAACCACGCACGCAACCUCUUGUUUUUCCUGUGGGCCGAGUCCUGCAGGAUCUUCACUGCGCCAUUCCUAAAGGAGUCCCGCUUGAUACUGGGAGGAAUCUGUAGGAAUCCUUGGAUUUUUUUUUUAAAAAUGAAACUGAGCACAGAAAUUGCACAUUCCUAUAGCAUCAUGUCAAAUGAGAAUGGAAGUGGCGUGUCGCUGACCAAAUCCCACCUCGGAGCAACAGUUUCUUCCUUGUCAGUUGGGCGUGAAAGGAAUGGGCUCGGAGCAGCAGCGGGGGUCUCGGGGUCCGCUGUCCAAGCAGAGGAGCUUUACUGCAGUUCCUCGGGAGGGUCCGGGCACCACUUGCAGUUGUAAGUUUCGCUUAGAGACGUGAUCUGCAGGAAACCUAGUUUUAUUUAUUCUGGACAGAGUGCCCAGGGCAGCAGUCGGACUCGCACGUGCAGUUUGCGCUGAAGGACCCGCAGCCGAGCGGAGCCAGAGGAGAACGGGGCUCUGGGAGCGCAAGCAUGCCGGAAUCCGGUUAUACCGCCGGAAACGCAAGUCCAGAGGGCCCUGCCAGGACGGAACAGAGGCUGACGAUGAGGCCGAGACACUGGGAUGUGAACUCUAGGUUCACGAUUAGUUUGAUUUUUGUUCCUUUUAAUUUCUUUUUUAAUGAUGAACAUCAGCCUGUAUUUAGAGACUGCGAGAUCUACAAUGAGUGUUCAAGAUAUAGAACAAAUGAAAAACUGACAGCUUUUGUUUCAAAAAGCAGUUUGUAUUUUAUAAAUCUAGAGCUUUUUAAUCAAAAAGGGACUGGAUUACCCUCUGUGUUUUCCAGAAUCCAGUUCUGUAGGCAGUCAGGAUUGGGUAGGGAUGGAGUGGGAAGGGUGAGGGCUGUAGGUAGUAGGGGUAGGAACAGAAGAGAUUGUCCCUGUGUUGUAGUCUGUGUGUCGUAUGAUUACGCUGCGGUGUCACGUGGGCUGUCUUGCACUUUCUAGUGAAAUUGCUGGAGAUGGAUUACAAGAGCCCUCCUGCUUGAAUCUGAAUAUCUUCCAAACACAGAUGUGCUUGGAUCAGCUGGUGUGGUGCCUCACAAUUGAGCUGCAGUAAUGUCUAUGUGAUCGGUGGGGGGGGGGCAGGUUUUUAAAACAAUCCGGGAGGGGGGGUGGGGGGGUCCAGUAAAACACUCAUGCAGUAGGUGCCCGAGGGCUGUGGCUGGUGUCCGUUUUGGUCAGGGUGUUACAGAACUCGGAGGCGCAGUUUUGGAUGAGCGUUGCAGCAGAAGGGGCGUAGGUGAGACUGCGCACUGUGUAUCACAUUGUGCCGUUUCCCAGGAGUACUAGCUGCCUCUCCCUGUCGAUAAGCACAGGCCAGAUGCUGGAUGUUUAACUUCUUUUAUUUGGAGUAAAUAUGCAUAGCCAAAAUACAAAAAAAAUCAGUUUGCUUUCCUGUUUCUACUUUAGACUUUACUCUACUUUCAUUCCUCUUCAAGUUGACUGAACUGCAGUGUAAUUUACUCCAGUGAUUUCAACAGCUGUAAUUGAAAGCUGCCCGUUUUCAUCGUGCUCUCGCUGUACUGCAGUGAUCGAGCCCAAGCAUCUCUGCAAAAGUGCUAGGUGACCGCAGGCCAGACAGCCUCUUCCUAUCGUUUCAGUAGGCCGGGCAUCUCCACUGCAGCUCUGCCCGUUACGCGCUGUGAAGUCAGACAAUCUGCUUCCAAACAUAUUCAUCAGGCACUGUCAAUAACGGUCACACUGCGCACACAAACAUGCUGAGAGAAAUGAUCGUACUGCUGUGUUUGUGGCCAUUCUGCGGUCAUCAAUGCUGUGUGCACCAUGUCCUCUAUUAUCCCUGUUUUUUUCCAAUUAUCUCUGCCAGUUGGAAUGCAGGCUCAGUGGGAACUGCUUCUAAGCAGAGGAGGAAAUCAUGUCUAAUCACUUUGCCGUGCCUCCCUCACCUGGAAGAGCAGUGGUGCUGUUCUGAUUAGACCUGGGGUUCCCUACAGUACAGCAUGUGUAGGCCGCGUUCAUACAGCUGCAGACACGGAUCAUCAUCACUUUGAUUAUCUCCCUGUGUUGCAGUAGACAAAAUAUUUGCAUAUGAUUAUUUAAUCAGGUCAGAGGGUUCCUGAAGGUCACACAGAGAAAACCAUUUCCUCCCCGUCUCCCUGUCGAUGCAGGGGGCCACGAGGAGACCGAGACUGACACCAGGCUUGUGGGUAGGGAUAGGCCUCCCUGGGGUUUUUUACAAAAUAGUUUUUCUCUUCUAGUCUUUUGGCCGCGCCAGCCCUCUGGCAGGCUCGCGGCAUGAGCUUACAGCGGCGGUCCCCAGCACCCCUGGGGCUGCCACACAGAGAGGAAAGGGCCGUGUUGGACCAGGAAGGGCUGCAUAUCUUUUGGGAACUGCAAUUGGUCUUUCUUGACUUGUAUUGGUCAGCUAUGGGAGGUAUUCAGCUGAAUGCAAUAAAGGAGGGUAUUCUACUGUGUACAGUUACAUUUUUUUUUAAAUGUAAAAAAAAAAUUAAGUUUCUAUUUUUGUGUGAUGGUUUAUGGACAAAAAGAGCCAGAAAUUAGUUUUUUUUUUUAGGUUUUUUUCUUUGGUCUUGUAAAAUAUGGAGGCACAGGAUUUUAUUCUUCAAAUAAAACUGUGGAAUAUU